AUGAAGACGACUACCUUGGCGACCCUGGCUGGUCUCGCCGCUUCCGCCGCCGCGUACCCCGUCGCGGAUCAUCUCUGGGCUCGGGCGUGCACCCCCGGCGCCCUCAUGUGCAAUGGCAGCACGCAGUUUGCGCUCUGCGUCGCCGCGGACAGCACGCCCCAGUGGAUGAACGUCUCCGAGGGGACGCAGUGCGUCUGCUCUGGCUCCGAGUGCAGCAUCACCAGCACGAAUGGCACUUUGGCCAGUGCCCCUGGUGCCUCGCCGACGGCACCGCUGACUUCGGCUCCCGCCCCCGAGGGGACUCCGGCGCAGUCUGCCAGCGUGUCUGCGGCCGUCCCGACGAGUGCUCCUCCUGCUGGCUCUUCCUUGGUCCCCAGCUCGUCACCUGUGGCAGCUCCCGCGCCAUCGUCGGAUCCCGCUCCAGUGCCGUCAUCAGCUCCAGUUCCGGUGCCAUCUUCCGCUCCAGUUCCUGCGCCAUCGUCAGCUGCAGCUCCGGUGCCGUCAUCGGGUCCAGCUCCCGCACCAUCGUCAGCUGCAGCUCCCGCGCCGUCCCCGGACGCAGGACCUGCCCCCAGCAGCCCUGCCCCCUACAAGCUGUAUCUCGGCAACGGCAGUCCUGCCGACGGCUGGCCCACCGAGUCCAAGUGGCCGUCCUUUGAAGCCCUCUGGACCCUCAACCUACCCCUCAUCAAGACGGCCUGUACCUAUUCGAAGCAGCCGCAAAACUCGGAGCAGGAAACGGCCGAGCUCAAGUCGGCCAUCGAGUCGGUCGGCCAAUCCAGCGGCGUCGACACCCGCUUCAUCUUCGCCAUUGUCAUGCAAGAAUCCCGCGGCUGCGUCCGCGUCGGGUCUACCGCCAACUCGGUCAAAAACCCAGGCCUGAUGCAGUCGCACGAAGGCCCGCACACGUGCUACGACAAGCCCACAUGCUCCAACGAAGAGAUCGAAGGCAUGAUCAAGGACGGCACCCUCGGCACGCCCACCGGCGACGGGCUCAAGCAGCUGCUCCUCAGGGCGGGCCCCGGCGAGGGCCAGUUCUACAGGGCCGCCCGCAUGUACAACUCGGGAAAAGUCGACGGGAGCGGGCUUCUGCAGCUGGGCAUUGGCGCUACGAACUGCUACUCGACCGACAUUGCGAACCGGCUCUCCGGCUGGAGCCAGGACACGACUGCUUGCCACUUGUAA